AUGAGCUCCGAUUUGGCACACAUAUAUGACCCUUUGGGUCUUAUUGGUCCAAUCUUGGUCACCGGUAAAAUCUUGUUGCAAGGAGCAUGGCAGCUAAAACUCGAUUGGGAUGAUGAUCUUCCGUCAGAAAUACGUAAACAAUGGACAUCGUAUAGAGAAGAUCUGGCCUUGUUGGACAAUGCAACAGUUGUGAGGCACGUAUUCAGCAGUCAAGGCUACAGCCAUGUUGAGCUGCACGCUUUUUGUGACGCCUCAGAAAAGGCUUAUGGUGCAGCAGUAUACAUUAGAACAGUACAAAAGGAUAAAACGAUAAAACUUAAUCUACUAUGCUCCAGAUCUCGUGUAGCACCCAUAAAAUCUCAAACAAUUCCACGACUAGAACUGUGUGCAGCGUUGCUAGCAGCAGAACUCAUGGCAAGAGUUAAACUUGAUUUAGGCUAUCAAGACAAAGCAACUUACUUUUGGACAGAUUCACAAAUUGUGCUUUCCUGGAUAAACAAUCAUCCAGGCAAAUUACCCGUUUACGUCGCCCACCGAAUUGUAAAAAUCCUUCGGUUAACAAUUCCAGAACAAUGGCGUCACGUCCCGUCAAAACAAAAUCCGGCAGAUAUUCUGUCAAGAGGGCUUAAACCGCGGGAAUUUUCAUCUUGCUACAUGUGGUUAUAUGGUCCACUAUUUUUAUAUCAGCCAAAGCCGCUGUGGCCAGCUCCCUUCAAAAGGGAAUUAAUUGUUGAAGAUAACACGGUGGUGCUUGCUUUAUCAACACAACAACCUACUAAUGAGCAUGCAUGGGUCUACUCGAUUUGUUCAAGAAAUUUAUUUACACAUGUCCAAAAGGUUGUUGGAUAUGUACUUCGUUUCACAAAAAACGCACGGAAACCAAAAGAAUCAAGACCAGAGACCAUGCAGCUUUCACCGAUGGAGCUCGACGUAGCACUUAAGAUAAUAAUACGUCAAAUCCAGGCCUCCGAUUUUUCUGAUCUAAGGAAAAUGCUAGUUAAGGACGAAUUUGUGCCAAAAACUCAUAACCUCAGUUCACUAACUCCGUUCGUAGAUGAAGAAGGGGUAAUACGUGUUGGCGGACGGCUAAGCUCUUCAACACUGCAAUUUGAUGCCAUUCAUCAAAUGAUUUUACCAAGCAACGAUCCACUAGUAAAGUUGUUGGUAGAAAAAAUACAUAAGGACAAUUAUCAUUGUGGCGCCCAAGCAUUGCUGGCACAAGUGAGGCAGCGUUUUUGGCCCCUCAGAGGAAAAAGCUUGAUGAGAGCUGUAAUACAACAAUGUUUAAGAUGCAGAAGAGCAAGGCCAAUUGUGUACAAUCAAAUCAUGGGAAAUUUGCCUGGACACCGUGUGCAACCAGCUCGACCAUUUCUCAGCACUGGAGUUGAUUAUUGUGGCCCAAUAUGGGUUCAUUACAAAACAAGAGGCAAGCGUCCACAAAAGGCGUAUAUCGCUGUCUUUUGCUGUUUUGCAACCAAGGCCGUACACUUAGAACUUGUGACUGAUCUGACCACAGAUGCAUUCAUUGGAGCAUUAAAACGCUUCAUAGCAAGACGAGGACGCUGUAAAACGUUAUACUGCGACAAUGCGACCAAUUUCGUUGGAGCGAAAAACAAGUUGCAGGAACUUACUGACGUCAUCUACGCUGAUCGAGCGAAGGAAUCAAUUGCAGGAAUGUGCAGUACGAAAGGCAUAGAAUUUCACUUCAUUCCACCAAGGUCACCACACUUCGGCGGGCUAUGGGAGGCAGCAGUAAAAUCUGCCAAAUAUUUGCUGGUCAAAAAUGUUUCAACAGCAUCACUUACAUAUGAAGAGCUUGAAACUGUCGUUAUUGAAGUUGAAGCAGUGUUGAACUCGCGACCCCUUAUUCCUAGCUCAUCAGAUGCAAACGAUUUGAACGCAAUAACUCCAGGUCAUUUUUUAAUAGGUGAAGAAAUCACUUCAAGCGUUGAUGUGCAUGCACGUGACUCUAAAGAAAAAUUACUUAAACGCUGGCAACUGGUAUCAGAGCUAAAACACAGUUUUUGGCAGCGCUGGACUAAGGAGUAUCUAAGCGAAUUGCAACAGCGCCACAAGUGGAAGGGUCCCAUCACCAACAUACAGACCAAUACGAUGGUAAUCCUUAAAGAAGACAAUGUCCCAGUUCUGCAAUGGCCUUUGGGACGCAUCAUCAAAGUUUACAAAGGCGAAGAUGGUUUAGUGAGAGUUUGUGAUAUUCAAACAAAAAAGGGAGUAUUUAAAAGACCGGUGCAUAGAUUAGCUCCAUUAUUUCCUGAAGACGAUAAAUUAGAAGAUCCAACCUUUGGAAAAAUGACUGAAAGAAAAAUCGAAUCAGAACAGACUCAAGAAACUCCAACGUCACCUCCCGUGUCGCUUAUCGUAAAAAUUCCAUUAAAUCGCAUCAGAAAGCCUGAAUCAUUAGUCAAUGGCUAUGUUUCAUCAAGUGAUGAACAGGAUAGACGCAAAGAUGUUUUCUGGCGAAACAAUGGUACAUCUCAACAAUGUUAUUAUACCAACUACACAAAUUUGGCACUUAAUCACAUAAUCGACGAAAAUGGUAUAACGCCCGGAAAAAAGAAAAUUUCCGCAAUCAAGCAUUUUUUUACGCCGAUAAGAACAACGAAAGUGCGACGAUUUCUAAGACUAACGGGAUUUUUCCGUAAAUUUGUCCAGGACUAUUAUCGCAUAUCCAAACAUCUAACAGAAAAUAUUGCCCGUGAGCGUUCUAAGUGGAAAAUGUGA